AUGACAAAGGAAACUUUCUUUACGCUUGAGGACAUCAAGAUUUCCUUUAACCUCUUUUGCUGCGUCUGUGGCAUCGGCACGCUCGGUCUGCCGGGCAACUUUGCUCGUGCAGGCCCCGUGUUCGCAAGUAUUGCUAUGGCUUUUAUGGUGUUCGCUAACGUCUACGCGUCGAUUGCAAUGUCCAAGGUGAUGCUGCUUGCGCCGUCGACUGUGGUGACGUUCGGUGACCUUGGCGAAUGGGCCGUGGGCAAGACUGGUCGCUGGCUAUGCACAGGCUCCCAAAUCAUUUCGUGUGUCUUGAUUCCGUGCGUCUUCCUGGUACUCGGCGGUGAAUUGCUGGACGGGAUGUUCCCAGGUGCGUUCAGUCCGACGGUGUGGAUUAUCCUGAUGGCUACGAUGGUGCUGCCGUUGUGUCUCGUUCCGACGCUGAAAGAAGGUUCCGGUGUUGCGUUUGCCGGCUGCGUGGGAACACUUGUAGCUGACGUGAUCGGCGUUGCAGUUGUGAUGCACGGUAUGCGUGGCCAUCCUAGUGUCCCGGAGACGAAAGUCAGCUUCUCACAGGUGGCCGGCACGUUCGGCAACCUCGCUCUCAGCUACGGCGCCGGUAUCAUCAUCCCCGACUUGCAGCGCGAGCACAGCGAGCCGCAACGCAUGCCUCGAGUUAUCACCUUCACCAUGGUGAUCAUCUCGGUCCUGUUCGUCGUGCUCUCCGUCGUGCCCUUUACGUCCGCUGGCUGCCAGAUCUCGGGCAAUAUCUUGUAUACCAUUUACCCGGACUCUAGCACAGGCCUCACGUCGCUGGGCUUUAAACCCCACUGGGGCGCCGUCGUGCUCGCCUACAUGGCGAUGCAGCUCCAUAUCACCACAGCCUUCUCUGUCCUCAUCAACCCGGCGUUUUACAUGGCGGAGUUUGUGAUUCUUGGCAUGCACAGACAGCGCAAGUCGACUGAUUACCGCGGCGCCAACGCCAUCAAGUACAUCGUACUGCGCACCUGCAUCACCGUGAUCCUCGUUGUGUUGUCCAUCCUGUUUAAGGACCACUUCUCCGAUUUUGCUGAUUUCGUGGGCUCGUCGUCGUUGACCAUGAGCUGCAUUCUGCUGCCGGUGGCUUUCUACCUGAUCAAGGCUUGGAACAACAUUCCCAAGGUGGAGAAGAUUGCUGCCAUUGUCGUAUUUGUGGUUUGCCUCGUUUUCGGAUGCUACUCGACGUACACGGCUGGCAGGAACCUGUUCGCUCCAUCUGACUCGGAGGCUUCGUUCCCGUACUGCGAGCUUGAGUACCAGAACACCGUAUUUUACAACUCUACGGCUGAGCACGAGACUUGA